AUGUCGAGUUCAUCUAACCCUAAUUCCUCGUAUGGUACAGCUGGAUUGGAGAAGGAGAUGAAAGAAUUGGUUCUAGGAUAUGAGAGAGAUGUGAAGAGCUUGAAGAAGAUAGCAGUUUGUGGAGUUGGAAUGAUGUUAAUGUACAACUAUUUUUCUAUGUAA